CACACUUGUUCUCGGAACCAAGCUGAACUCAAUGAAUCCUUGAACGAAUGGACCACAAAAGGAUACAGAGUAACCGGUUCGGUCUGUGACAUCACCUCUCGUGUUAACAGAGAAGAGCUGAUAGCAACUGUCUCUUCUCAGUUCAAUGGAAAACUCAAUAUCCUUGUAAACAAUGUGGGAACAAACGUACAGAAGCAGACCCUGGAUAUAACAGCGGAAGAUUUCGCAUUCCUGAUGAAUACGAAUCUUGAAUCUUGUUUCCACUUAAGCCAGCUUGCACAUCCUCUUCUAAAAGCUUCAGAAGCUGCAAGUAUCAUUUUCAUAUCUGCCAUUGCUGGUGUUGUAGCUACAAACUUAGCAUCCAUUAUAUAUAGUGCAGCAAAAGGAGCAAUAAACCAAGUGACAAAAAAUUUGGCAUGUGAAUGGGCCAGAGACAACAUAAGGACUAAUAGUGUUGCACCGGGGCCAAUUAGAACCCCUCUUUUGGAAAAGCACUCUAAAGAGGAAACAGUUAUGAAUGCUGUAAUUUCUAAAACCCCUCUUGGACGGGUUGGAGAGGCAGAGGAGGUGUCUUCGUUGGUGUCAUUUCUGUGCUUGCCUGCAGCAUCUUACAUUACAGGACAGACCAUUUGUGUUGAUGGCGGCUUCUCUGUGAACGGCCUCCACAUAUAGUUUAGCCUUGUUUUCACAUUUUCUGUGUUAAGUCAAUUACCGUCUGAUUGUAUUGGUUUCUGUGACAUGUUAAGAAUAAAUCAACAGAGUGUGGUUUCGUGUGUUAUGUUAAAUGUAUUUUGGAAUGACUGAUGUUUAUUCUUUUAUAGCAAUAAAACUCAUGCUUGUU